UUAGAGUUUAUUUUUAUAAAAGAAAUAUUGAAACAAACAUUGAUCAUGAAAGAAGAAUACGAAAAUUAAUAUUGCUUUAUAGAAAUCUUUGGAGAAAUUUUAAUUACAGUAAGUAAAUUUAUAAGACAUUUCUGACAUGAAAUCCAUAGUGUCAUUCUUGUACCUGGGCAAUAUAAAAAUACAUUGCAACACAGCUGUGUUGACAACGGAAAAUAAAAUAUAUGUGCUUGAAAGUUUAUAGAUACUGUUUGAUUGAUAACUAUUGUUAGGAAAUGUUGUAUAACUAUUGUUAAGAAAUUAAUACAGUAAAGACAUUAAUAGUGCAGAAACAGCUAUAAUAUGCAUGAUCAAAAUUCAAAAUAUGAAUAUUGGUUCAAAUACUUCUUUUGUUGUCACAUCAACAAAAGAAAUAUGCCGUGGUUUAUAUUCAUCUGACACCGGAUUUCAAUGUGCUACCAUUAUUGAUCUGACACAGUAUUACCCAUGCAUACUUCAUGCAACAUUCACAUUUUUUACACAAAUAGUGAUUAUUUCGAAUCAAUGUCAGCAGCUUCAACUGGACUUUAGGGCUAUUUUUCUCUAGUACAAUUAACUUUUAAGCAGUGGUGCCUAAAUUACUUUGAAUUUGUACUCGAGUAAAAGUAGAAGUAAUUAACAAGAAAACGACUUGAGUAAGAGUAAAAAGUACUGGAGGCAAAACGUACUUAAGUAAAAAGUACUAAGUAUCCUUAAAAAAUACUUGAAGUAAAAAGUAAAAGUAUACUAUUGUCUGUAGCGUGUAGGGGAGGGAGACUUUUCCAAUGGAUUGACAUACAAAAUACUCAAAACAGCACAUGCACGCAUUAUAUGUGUGCACCUAAUAUACAGUAUUUCACGGCAUGGUCUACUUUCCAGACCCCGUUGAAGACAUGAGAAAUCCAUUAAAUAAAUAAUGCUAUAUAAGUAAGCCACAAACGCGAGAUCCCAGACGCAUGUAGAGGUCCUAUUACUUAUCCCGAAAUUAAAAUAUAUCGGGAAUAAAUCACGUAAAAUUAAACAAAAGUCAGAUAGUAAUGAAAUAUUUUGCCACAAAAUGAAAAUAACGAAGUAAAACGUUACUUCUUAAAACGACUUCGUUCCAAGUAAAAGUACUCCAGUAAAAGUUUAAUUUGUUACAUGCUGACUUCUCAAAAAUAGUAGUAUAUUUAUUCUGGCUACGUUUUAUACUGUAAUUUCCAUCCGUCACAACCACCUGACCUCAUUUUUGGCUUGAAUCCUGGCUUGAUAAAUGCCUGUACUGUAGGUACCUUCAUCAAGAUUUUACAAAAUUGUACAAGACAGAUUCUCUGUAGUCAUUAUUCAUGAAUAGCCUGAAAACUGCCUUGUAUAAACCUCCAGCUAGGCUUAAAAAAUAAAUCAGAAAUGCCGUACGAGGUUGUACAACUCUGUACUAAGUUGGCAUACGUUUGGUUUAAUCGAUGUUGACGUACGAUUUUGUAUCACUGUAGUGUAGUUUUCGUAUAGAAUUCCUGUAUAGAAAUGUGUUUGAAAUGCUGGAUUUGAACGACGUAACAAAGAUAGCGGUCCGGUCAGACCUGGAAAAAAGUGGGAUCUCGGGAUCCUGGAUCCUGAGGAACAAUUACCUUACCAACAAGAUUGAGGAACGUUUUGAAUUUUUCACAUGUACUUUAUUAUGGGAGAAUUUAUAGAAUCAUAUUUAGUUAUCUGCCAUUUGAGUCGAUUUUGAGAUUGCGAAGUGUUCUUCAUAUCCUGUUAAUAGAAUUUGAAGAUUGUUUUGUUUCCUCAGCAAUUUUACAACCAAUAUAAUUGAGGAACAUUGAAAAAGGUAAAUUCAGGAUCCGAGGAACAUUGAACACUUUUUCCAGGUCUGGGUCCGGUAUUUGAGCAGUGAACUUGAUGUUUCUAGAUCAAUGUUUCAUGCUUGAUUGUUAUAAAUAUAUGGAUAUUUCAGGAUCAGGGUUAGAGGCGAAGGUUUGUUCAUUGUCUGAAGGAUUUUAAGGCAAACAGAAAGGGGUAACGGUUCAGCUCUGCUGUAGGAAGUGUAUGUGAUCGUACUUCUCUGAAAUUCUUGGCGUACGCCAAUUGCUAAUGUCAGCGUACAGUCGUAUGCCUAUUUUUAAGCCCUGACCUUCCAUCUAAUUUUAAUGUUAUUCCUCUAUCAGCCAUAAAUCAUAAAAAAAAAUUCAGAAAAAUUGACAAAAGACAGUGUUUGAUUGUGAAAUUAGACAAUAAAGGAGCGAAAGAUAAAACGUCAUGGUUGCCAUGGCAAUGCUAACACUGUUCCUAUAUGUUUGUAUAUCGACAGCACAAGACUUCUGAAGAGAAGGUCAUGAAGAGAAGGUUACCUAAAACACUUAAUAUUUAGAGAACUGUAGGGAGCCAUCUUAACCUAUCAACUACCAAGGAUUGAUGAAUAAAAUCAACUGAAAUUUAUUCGCCAUUGUAUCAUUUCAGCAGGUUUAAGGGGGAAGACACCUUUGUCGGGUGAUUAGUGUCUAAAUAUUGGGAUCUUGUGUUGGACAAAUAACCACUGUGUUAUUGAAUAUCAUGCGAAGGGUUUUUACAUUUAUCAGUUAGACCUAUAACGACGAGCAGUUCCCCAGUAUAGGCUCUCUGUUAGGAAUUCCUGAAAACAGGUUCACCUCAAGUUUGAAACCUCCUUCAAGUUGGCACACUUGCAUGCAUGUGUAUCCCCUUUUAAUUACAUUUUCUGAUUUAGAGCUGCUGAUGUGAGCACACAAAAACUCAAUUACAAAAUGAACUGUAACAUAUAUCUUCAAUAACCUACUGAUACUAUGAAUUUGAUGCAAACCACAUUUCUUCCACUGAAGUGUACUGUUCUGUCCAACUUUUUGCUAUCUUGCACACGAUAGCAGAAUAACGCAAAUUUCUAACUUAAUUAGCACUCUAGUAUUUUACUCUGUCUAGUUACGUCAAAGGUGGCUCGAUAUAGUUAUCACAAGAACCGUGCUCAAGAAUCGCGAAUUCAAAACCGGGUGGCCAUUUUUACGCACAGGUCGCGGAAGCUGAUUAACAUAUUAUUAGCACUGAUGAAGAUCCGGGCUUACGGAUCGAAAGCUUUGCAGUAAUAAAUUUACGUGGUGUUUCCACAAACAAAACUAUUAAAAUGAAAAGAACUUCCAAAAUGACUUGACGUGAGCAGUUGCUCGCGCCAUAUCACGCCAUUGUGCGUGUUCUAUAGUGUUUUAUGUCAAUUGCUCACGUCAUUAGAAUUUUCCAUUUUAGAAAAACAAUGCGCUAUAUCUCUUUAUUUUGUUUGGUCACCUAUGUUCAAAUUUUGCAUGCUGUAUUGCACCGCUAAAAACUUUUAUUAUACAAAAAAUAAAAAAAUUCUGUAAUGCCAAAAAAAUUUUACCGAAGAAUAUGACAUUUUCGCAUUUUCCAAAAAAAUGGUAUUACAGAAUUGUUUUAUAUUUUGCUAAAUGUUAGCUUUUCGUCCAAGUAAAAUAAUGCACGAAAAAAAAUUGGGGGUCACCAUGCUUCUUUUCCAACUAUACGGGGCGAUAGACCAUUUUGGGGUGAAUUUCGUACACGUAUGUCGUCAUAGCAACGAACUAUCUGUUACUAAAACUAAUUUAUUAUAUAAACAUAAGUGUUAUAUAGAGUUUUUGGCCACUGAGAAAAAUCGUAUUUAAACACACGUAAAAAAUACGAUAUUUUUAUGUAUGAAAAUAUCAUUUGUUGUAAAACGCAUUGCCACGGACGUUUUAUUGGUUUUCACUGAAUUUUGUUUAUAUAAUAAACAGAAAAAUACAUGGGUGCUUGGAAAUAUCAGAUUUAUUUCUCGUGUUGAACAUGAUAUCUCACUCGUUCGCUGCGCUCACUCGUGAGAUAUCAUGUUCAACAUUCGAAAUAAAUGUGGUAUUUCCGCGCACCCAUGUAUUAUUCUCUAUAUAAUUUGAAAGUAGAGAAAUCAAAAUAUAUAAAAACCCCAAUAUCUGCUGAAUGAAUCCUAAAAAUGCGUAGUUUGAACAUGUCAAAGUGUUGAACACCUGAAUUUUUGAAAACUGUAUCGAGCCACCUUAACUCCCAACAAUUUAUCCGUAAUUUAGAAGUAAGGGUAUAUACAUCAUGACUUGGUGCUGAAAGACUAUGCAGAUAUAGAAUUCAACACAUCUUUGUCUAAUUCCCCUGCCCCUUGUUACAUACAGUAUUUUGUGUGAAACAAAGCAUUCAUAAUUUUAAAGUAAAUUAUGUGUCUGCCAGUUUAGCUUCAGCUUGUAACCGCCUGUAACUUUGUCAUUAGUUUAUUUCAUCUAUUAAAUUAUCAAUUUGUCAAUUUUCUUAAUUAUUACUUCAAAAUGUUGUUUAAUUUAAAACAGUUGUUGUUUACGUCCAAAUAUUUGGUUGCAUGAUGGGUGUUUCGAAAACGAAGACCAAAGAUGGGUCCAUUUUUUUCAUAAUUUCGAAGACAAAGACCCGUUUAAAUAUUAUCUUGGUGAUUCGCAAUAAAGGGCAUGAUUGGGCAUAAAAGAAAAAGCAUUGUCACAAACCUCCAGAUUUUUGCUCUUAUUUAAUAAUUGGUGUUGGAAUAAUAUGAGUGUACAUAAUCAACCAUGCAAGACCUUUUUCAGUGCACAGAUGGUAUAUAACUUCACAUUAGUUUAUUGUAAAAAAAAUUAAUAUAUAAGGAACAUGUAAAUCAGUAAACAAUUAACAUUAAAAUUAACCCUAAAAUUUGAAACGCCAACAUGAACAGUUACAGAACUGUUAUGUAACAGAACUGUUACGAAGUGAUGUGACAAAAACAUUUUCGUUUGAAAACCUUUUUCAUCAGAUCACUGUCUAUAUACAUGUACCAAACUUUCACGUGCUGGACAUGACUUUUUCCAAUCAGCAGUGUCCAUUGCAGUGCCACUCAUUCUUGUCGAGAAAAUUGUGAGACCAGCUGCGCAAUAUGAAAUGUGUGAAGUUAGCUUUUCAGUUCAGGGAUUACGAUAUUUAAUAUCGCUUGUGAAGUAAGGUCUAAGGAUAUCGUGCCUUUAUAUACGAUCAAAUCGGCGUGAUAAUAUCUCGUUAUUACUUCCUUUCACGCACUUAUUUUGAUAUGGGUUUUUGUUUUCGUAAUUCGAAAUGAAAUAUGGGGUCUUUGUUUUCGUAAUUAGUCGAAAAAGACCCAUCUUAAGUCUUCGUUUUCGUAACACGAUGAUGGUGUAGUUUUUGUGUAAUAUAAAUCAGUUUAGGCAAAAUGUUACUAACGUUCCAUUUCUUCAUUUAUGCCAUACAUGUGUUUAUUAUAUUUUUGAAUAUUGUUGAUAGCAAUCUCCCUUGUACAUGCACCCACGAUUAGUUUGUCUAUGCAAAAGGUGGCAAGUUACCACAAAACCUAGAGUGUAUUCAGAGUAAAAUUGAGAACUUCAGUAACAUGACAUAAAAGCAUGAAAGAAAUGAAUGCAUGGGAAUGAAAAAUAUUAGAAAAGUGAAAAGUACAGAGAGCAGAGGAGUCGAUUUUGUGUAGAAAAACAAGAAAAAGUCUUACCAAGCAUUAAAAAUGCGCGCAUUAAAAACGUAUUAUAUUUUCAUAGUGGGAUUGUAAAGCAAGACAGCAGAGUAUAUUAAUAUCGAUUACAAUCUAUAUUUUGGUAAUUCGUUUGGUUUAUUUCGUUAAAUUUGGUGAAUAUAAUACAUUUUUAAUGCACACAUUGGACUUUUAUGGGAUUUUACAAUGAAAUAUUAUAAUUAGAGAGGUAAGACGUUUCUAGACAAAAUCGGCUCUUCUGCUCCCUGUGCAUGAAGUCCAUGUUCACCUGUGGACUUACUCAUGCUAAUACUUUUCAAUAUUGUGUUGCAAGUUGUAUUAGCCUCGUGUAACAUAACCUUAGCUACCUACAACAUAUAUAUUAUCCUGGUCGUGUUAACAUUAUAUUAACCUUUAUUUAUAUAGAGCUCUGUAAUGUACAAUCAUGCCACGAACAACCAAAGAAAAAUUGUCUAUAUUUUACUGGUAUCACAGCUUGAUUAAAUGGAUUCUUCACUUUAUUACGGGACGAUGUGAAUUGGAAAGAUUAUGUUACAAUAUUAAAUGUCGUGUUACCUGCAAUCUUCGAAUUGGUAAGUAGUACGUACAGUAUCAAUGAAAUGCAAUAUAUCUUGGUAUUGUGCAUCCUCGAUCUGAUUUCCAAGAUUAUUAGACUACAUACAGUAUUACAGUAGUCGCAAAUGAUAAUCUUUGCAGACUAUAAUAAGACCAGCAGCAAUUUAUACUUGGUUUUAAUUUUUUUUCAUUCGAGUGACGAGUCGAGUCAUUUCAGUGAUUGUUCCACUCGAGUCCAGUCAAUGGACCUUAGAAGUGCUUACGUCACGUAAUUUUCAAACAAUGAAUCAUUGACCCAAAAGUAUCCAACAAUGCAAUGUGCAUUCCAGAAGUCAUCUGUAUUCUGUAUCAAAAAUUGCGUGACGUAAGCACUUCUAAGGUACUGUAUAUAGCUGAACUUGAGUUGUGUCAGCGAAUGGAUUGGUACCCUGACUUGCAAUCUGUGAAUCUGCGAAUAGACAAUCAAGCUCACGAAUUUUUCCUGAACUUAUAUGCGAUCUUGUGCAAGCAUUUAUAGUUGUUACUAUAUGGUGACAUCACCGGUUUUCCCCGCAGUGAAAAUAGUUACGUGUAUCAACCAAUCCAAAAUCAUCUGUACAGUAAAAAUUCCACUGAUAUCGAAGGAACUAGACUCAGUUCCGAAAUAUCGCAUACUCGAACCGACCUGACCGCGUAGCUCAGUUGGCAGAGCGUUGGGCUAGUAUUCCAAAGGUCGUAGGUUCGAUUCCCACCGUGGCCAGGCGUAUUUUUCAAGCCUGCCCGGUGUGGAUAUACACUCAGAGUAGCAUCACAAGCAUCUUAUUCACCUGAGUACAUUACACCAACACAGCAAAUAUCAGUAAAACUUGUUAUAGGCUCAUCUCAGUUCUAAAAUACUGUAUGAAACUGUACAUUCUUCUUUUUCUAGAAAAUUCCCUCAGAAAUUCAAACUCAAAGGUCUGUAUAUUAAAAUGAAAUGUGUUGUCACGUUAUAUUAAAACCUCGGUGCGCUUGGAAAUAUGUAGAAUCUGAAUGCACUGAAAACGUCCAAUUUCGCAUACCGUUAGAAGGUGCUAUUCAUACUGGCCGCGCCUGCGAGGGCAGAUUGACGAAUUUCAGGUUUCGCAUAUUGCAAUGAAUCAUGUACCUGUAACAGGGCCGCCUAUAGGGGGCACUUUGCCCCGGGUCCCCAGCUGAAAAGCCCCCCCCCCCCGCCCCAAGCAACGGUGGUUGUUAAAAUUUAACUGAGAAAAUGAAUCCUAUACGACCUAUAGCUGCGUUAGUGUCGGAUAAUAGUUGAGCUGAAAGAAGCAGCACUUUUGUCAACAUGGACAUCACGCGAAAAUUGGUAUAACUAACUUUGACGGCAUUUUACAUCAUAGCGUUCGUGUAAGGAAGAAAAAACUUAUGUUUUGUCAUAUGUGUUGAAGAUUAGGUACCAUAAACUGAUACAAACACAAUUUUUAAUCCAGUCCCCCUCGGCAAUCUGACGUACGUGUUCACAAAAACGUCGCUUGCUUAGGUGAACACACCGCUUGUCCCGUUUUAUAAUUAUGACGCCAUAGGGGCCGCCUGGGAACGUUUGGGCCCAGGCCCCGCGCAUCCUUUCGGCGGCCCUGCAUGCACAUUGCGUGAGACCAGUACUCACAGUGGUAUUAAUUCGAAUUCUGGUGUAAAUACCUGAUGAUGAAGGAGAAAUAUUAUUUCCUUCAUUGCAAAAUAAUCUUAUUCCGUCCGCGACACGUAUUUAUCUUUCGCCUUUAGUAUAGUGAUCAUAUGGCAUAGUCAACCAGUCCUUUUAAAUAUUAUUUUGCACCAGUGUACACUGUACAUAGUGAAUAAUUUUUGACAUUCACUUAUUUUUUUAAUUUUAGCUUUUAAAUGAUAUUCUAACUACAGUUAAUGUCAAUGUGGACAGUUCCGUGCAAGAUGUGCUAAACACGAAAAAAAUUAACGCCGAGAAAAGUCUUGUGUGAGUCACUAUUGUUAUAUUCAUGAAAUCAAUAUUUGUUUUUGUGUGCAGUUACUCUUGUAGGUGAGUAAGAGGGGAGGUUGGCUAAAAUGGGGUGUACUAAUUAUCCUUACUUGCAGCUGGCAGUUGAGCUGAGGUGCUCAGCUCAACCUGAUUGAGUUGAAGCAGGGCUUGAAAUAGCGGCCUAAGGCAGGCCAUAUUUCAGAAAUAGCAGGUGAAAAAAAUUUGACUUGCCAACUCAAAAAUAAAAUGGCAAGCGAAAUUGUUCAAAAACAAAAUGGCGUCCAAUGGUUGAGGACACAAUCGAUUUUGCCAUUUUCGGUUAGCGGUUUGCCGUAACGUCAAUAUUAUGCAAAAUAUUGGAAUAAUUACAUAUUAUUUCUAUUCCUUUUAGAUUUAUUGACAAGUUUUCAAAGUCAUUGACUCAAAUUUGCGGCUAUAUUGAUCUUAUUGAUAUUGUUGAGAAGCAGAAGAAAAUUACGUUUUCGUCUGAAAACAAAGAACACGAAGACAAAUUAUUGCAGGUUUGAAUAUUACAUUUAAUAAGUUUAGGUUAGCGGAGCAACUGUUACAUAAUGAU